UCACUCCUUGUCCCUACCUAUAAAUCAAAGCCUUUAAGCAAAACCAAGUUUCACAAACUUAAGAUUAAUUCAUCUCCUUGUCCUACAAAAAAAAACAUGGUUCCAGCCCCCUCAUUCAAGUAUGUUCUCUUCUUUUGUUGUACUUUUGCCUUUAACUUGUUAUCCACUCCUGUCCGUGCCCUCAACAUAGGAGCUGAAACCACUGGAGUCGCUGUCUCUGUGGGCAAAGAGUGCAGUAGACAAUGUGAGUCAAGUUUCUGCUCAGUGCCUCCAUUAUUGAGAUAUGGCAAGUACUGUGGACUUUUGUAUAGUGGAUGCCCUGGAGAAAGACCUUGUGAUGGCCUUGACGCUUGUUGUAUGAAGCAUGAUCAAUGUGUGUCAGCCAAAAACAAUGACUACCUAAGCCAAGAGUGCAGCCAAACAUUCAUAAAUUGUAUGAAUAACUUUAAGAACUCAAAGGCUCCUACAUUCAAAGGAAACACGUGCGAUGUGGAUGAUGUUAUUGAAGUUAUACAUGUUGUGAUGGAAGCUGCUUUACUGGCUGGAAGAGUUCUCCACAAGCCAUAGAGAGUAAUCUGCCACUCAAGUCUCAAGAAAGAAUAGAUAUUUUCUGACUCUUCUUCCUAUUGUUUUUAGUAAUUCCCUUACCAAAUUAAUCAAACUCCGAUGCUUUAUUUAUUCACACCAAUCCACUCUUUUACCACACUCUUGUUAUUACAUCAUGCUCACGCUUGAUGAUUAAAAAAAGAAGACAGAUCUAAAACAAGCAAAAGGCAUAAACCAUUUAUAAAGAAUCUUCAAAACAAUAUUGAAAAGAGUGUUUUGGUACC